GAUAAGUUGCACUGAAUACAAAAUUUAAAGUUUUCUUUCACAUGUUUUCGUAAUAACUGGAAAUUUUAAAGAAAAAACUUCGUUAAAUAAUUAACUGUAAAGUUCUAAUGGUGUGAAAAACCUGUGAAAAUAAUUGCGAAAAAAAUUUGGAAAGCAGGAAUUAUGAAAUAAAGCAGAAUAUGUGUUAAUAAGUGAUAUACGUAGUAUAUGUACAUACAUACAUACACUUGUAUAUAAAUUUUGUGUAUUGGUAUAUUUAAUGUGCUCUUGAAUUAUAAAUAUAUUAUGUAUGCAUAAAGAAGUAAAAUAAGUUGAAGUGAUUGUGAAACCGCAAAUUGGCAAAAACUCUGAAAAUUUGGUCUAAAUACAUACAUACAUACGUACAUGUGGAUGUGUUUUCGCAAAUCAAAAUACCUCAACGUACAUAUAUUGGUUAGUGUUGUUGUUUUUUAAAGUGAUUUACGAAUACAAUCAGUCAGGGUAAAUCCCGAUCUCCCUAAACAAGAUAAAUAUUUGAAUAUAUUGAAAUAAAAAAUAAAAAUAAAAUAUACAAAAAUUGCAACGCAGUUGAAGAUACAUACAUUAAAGAAUAGAACGCACACGGCAAAGUUCGCAAUUACUCGAAACAUAAAUAAUUGUGUGGUAACCCAUUACCGAGGACAAACACACAGGCCAUUCAGUCGGUCUUUUGUCUCGAAAGACGAAAAUUCUUGUCUUGGCCGUCGAACGGGCAGUACGUUUUGCAGUAGGAAGACGUCCGCACUAACAAACGGUACAUUUUAAGCGCCGGUCGCAAACACAUACCCCGAAAGAGCUAUACAUACACUCAUACACAGUAGUAACAAAGCCUUCACCCACCAGAGAUAGAAUACUUGUGACGAGCACGUAAGAUCUCCCUCGAACGAGAUGGAUGAACAAAGAGAAGAGCCCACCCAGCAACAACAACAACAGGAGCAUAGUGUCACUACAACAUUCGUCAAUCAAUCUUCAACAACGACGGCACAAGCUCAGCCACACGACGAAGAUGCUUGGUGGUGGGAAGUGGAGAAUGGUGAUUUGAUUUUAGACCUCGUGCCAAAUAUUGACGCGACGUCGAAUAGUGAAAGUGAAAAUAUCAACAACAACAACAACAACAACAACAACAACAACAACAACAACAACAACAACAACAACAAUACCAAUGCAUUGUCAUCAGACUUUGUCUCGUUGUUGAAGAGCGGCGAAACCGCUAACGUGACAUUGUUGGCGAACAAUACAAAUGCCAGUGAUGGCAGUGCUGAUAAUGCGAUUGCCGAAAGUAUUGAUGUAGCUGCAAGCCUUAGCAAGCAGUUGGCCGAGAAAACGCAGUCUGACACUGUAGAGGUAGAAAAUAACGACGCAACUUAUCGUUUACCCGACUCACAUGACCCAGUCGCACCCAGCCAAGCAGGUGCACGCGAACAAACUCUCGAGGAAUUCAAAGAGGAAUUGCGCAUUAAGCGGUUAGCUCGUCAAACGGCUGUGCAAGACUUACGCGAUGAGAUUGCCACAUUGCGUCGACAAUUGGCUGAGGAACAGGAGCUAACACGUCGUUUACGUCGGAAUAAUGCUGUCGAGCUGUCCAGCACUGAAGUGGAAGUGUUGACGGUCGAUGAAGAGGGUGCUAUUGGUGGUGCCACUAGCGCUGAACCCGAUUCCGAUGAUGAGGAUCCACAAAGCCGCGGACGUCAUGCCAAUAUUGAGUUAGCAAACGCACAGCUGGCACUCCAAAUGGCUAAUGCGGAGAAUCUGUCACUGCGCACCGAAAUGGGUGUGGUACAAAAACAAGUCGGCACAUUGAAGGAAGUUAUUGCCUGUUGCAAGCAGAUGCUGAAUGUAAAGGAGGAGCAGUGUGUACAGCUUAAAACUAAAUUAGAUGAAAUCGAAACGGCAUUCGGAGAACGUGAAUUGAAAAUCAUGUCGAGCAAUUUGAGACAAGAAUACGAACGGCAACUGGGCAAUAUACGACAACUGCGUCAAUUGUACGAGGAACGGCAGCGCAUCGCUUUGGCAGAGCAAGAAAAUUUGCAACGUUUAAUUUCGAUAAAAAGAGACGAAUUGGCGGCGGAACAGCAAAAAACGAAAAACUUCGAAGAGCAUAAUCAAACAUUGAUGAAGGAAAUUGAAAGCGCAAAUAUAGAAUUGGCAACAUUGCGCGAAGAAUGCAACGAACACAAGUUCGAGAAGAAAGCACUCAAAGAGGAAAUGGGCACAGUCAAUACGCUCUUUAGCCAGAUGGUGAUGGGCUUCAAUGGCGAGAAUAACUUGGAUAUUGAUCGACUGACGACGAUGUUAGAGGAGAACCGCGGCUUGCUCAACGACAUGGCAACCAAGGAAGCAAAUUGCACCGAUGGCGCAACGUUGCCGAAAUUAUUAUUCGAAUUAGUUGAAGAGGCGGGAAUGACUGGCAGGUCCGUUGAGGACAAUCGUAGCUCAACGCCUACGUCGAUUGUUAACACCAGCGCCGACGAGGAAGAAUACAAACUGCAUAGAGAUACACCCGACCAUGGUGUACGUCAUAGCUUUGAAAGUGAAGAAAUGGCGUCCGCUGUCACCGCGGAACAGGACGCUGCAGCGGCAGCCGACCACAACAAUACCAACUGCAAGACUGAAAAAGCUGCCACUGCUGUUGCCACAGCCACUGCCACUGCAGGCGCUUGCUGCGGUAGAAAACAUCAUCGUAAAAGUGCCGGCAACCGGAUGAAAUUACCAGCAGCCACUGCCGCAACAGACAGCACUGCAACGGCAACUGCUGCAUUGAAAACCCAUGAACCAGAAGUUAUGAGUAAAGUUGCAACGACACAAGAAAUUAUUGGUAACUUGCCGAAAGUUUGGAAAGUGCUAAUGGAGCUCUUAAGUCACCACAAAAUCGAGCGGGUGCAAUUUGAGGAGCAUGGCGCCAGCGAGGAUUGCUACAAAUCCGUUGAGACGGCCAAUGGACCAAAGGCGGAACUGAGCGUCAGCAAGACAUAUAUUAAGUUAAAGGAUCUGAUAUUGGAGAAAAAAUCCUUGGUCAAAGAAACGAAUCACUUGAAAACCUUAAAUUGCCAUCUUGAAUAUCGAUUGAACGAGCAAGAGAAGCGCUUAAGUGCCGUUAGUUUGGAGUUGACAAAAACUUGGCAUUUAGUUGGCAAAAUGCAGCGUCAACAUCGUCAGCUGCACACGCAAGAGCAAAUAUUGCGGUAUCAAUUGCAGCAAAAGCGGCGCUUACUCACCGAACUGAAAGACGAGUUGGAGUAUUGUCGGCGCAAAUGGGCGGCCGCACGUGCCAAAAACGAUGAGAGUCAAGAGCAGUGGAAUGAUUUACGACGCGAAUUUGCAUUGCGAAAACUAGAGCAUGCCAGCAAUUCAGCCGAAAGCGGCUACAGUGACUCAGGUCAGGCUUCGGAUGAGGAAAUAGUAGUCGCAGCGCCUACAAAUUUAACCUCUGACGUUGAGACGACAACUUCAAAUGGUGCAGGUGGAGGCGGUGGCUGUGUUGGUGGAGUUGGAGGAGCGGCUGCAGCAUGUAGGCGUAAACGUUUGAAGGAAAUGUUCGAACAUUCGCGCAAGAUAAAGCGCAUGCAAAGCACUUCGCCCGGACGUGCAGGUGAUGGUAGCGCUGAGAUAGUGUUACGCUGGAAUAGUGCGCCACCAACCUGUGGUUGGCGUGACAGCAGUGAGGCCAAUCAUGGCGUGGCCGACGUGUACUGCGAUGAAGAUAAUAAUGCUAGCGGAGGUGAUAGUGAGUUUGCCGGUGCAGUCGAUUUGACAGGUGUAACCGCAGCCAGUCGCGGCGCUAUACCAAAGAAUAUUGUUGUACGCAAUAGACACCAGAGCAGAAGAGAUGAUGUGGAAAGGGAGUCAACUGACGUUGUCGACGUGGGUGGCUCGCGAGGAGAACGAGCAGAACGUAUACAAAGGUUGGAGGAGCAGUGUAAAACAUUGAUUAAGCGAGUACUUGAGACAUCUGAUAAUCGUGAGCGGUUAGAAGUGCAGCUGCGUAGUUUUCAGGAUGAGAUCGCACCGGUGCAAUAUGCGGUGCCACUGAAUGAUUUCUUUAAAAAGAAACGUAUUGAACGCAUGACUCGCGCAAGUUCUGUUCCUGUUACUGGUACUCUUACGCCGAGAGAAGAAGAAUAUACGCGUAAGCGCUCAGAACGAUUAGGGCGUUUGGAGGAGGAGAGCCGUCAGCUGUUAUCACGCAUUAAACGCACGUCUGAUCGGGGUCAUUAUCUGCGUUGUUCUUUGGAUCGUUUGCGACGGGGACCCAGUCGAGAGGGAAGUUUCGAAAGUAAUACGGAGGAAGAAUCUAGCAAAACUGAAGAAAAACCAUCGUCUUCUAAGCUGAAAAUGUUACAAGAAGACAAGCAAAUCGAUGAAGCGAAAACUAAGGCCCAAGACACGAAUGAAAUGGAAGAGCCCGAACCACAGAUAAAUCUGAACCCCUUGACAGAGAAUGAAGAAGCUUACACGGCUCGACGUUCGGCACGUCUACAGCGUUUGGAGAAUGAGAGCAAAGAACUAUUAAAUAGACUUUCGCGCAACAAUGAACGCGGUCAGCAAUUAGGCAAUAAGUUAGAUGCAUUGCAUGAACAUCACUUCGAUGUGCAUACGAAGGCGGUGGAGGAAGCUCCAGUAAAUAUAUCAUUACCACCUGCAGUUCCGAAGGUUAGCAUUGAGCAACGUUUAGGAAAUAUCGAACAAAUAUCAUCCAAUCGUAUGGAACGUCUACGCAUUCUCGAGGAAGAGGGCAAAGAGUUGCUUGAUCGAUUAGCUGGCACGUCGGCGCGUGGUACGGAGAUGAUCAAUCGCAUAGCUGCGCGUGAGCAAAAUCGCCAAGCAACUGCAAUGGAAACGGCUGAUAGCGAAAAACCGGUUACCCCUAUCACAGAUAAAGUGUCCGAUCCCGAAGAUGAGUUUGCGGCGGGUAUGGAGGCAUCAGCGGUAGCCUCCGUCUUGCCUACAUUCAAUAAUGUCGCAUGUUCUAGUAUUGUGUCGGAGGAGUUGACGGAUCGCGUUACUGUUAUUACAACACCCAGUCAAAUUGCUGCGAAACAGGGCGCUAUUCCAAAGCAACCGCGUACGAAACCUGCUGGCUUGGUGCUGAAUGCUGAAAUACGCGCCAAGGCUGCGAACAAUAAAGAGCAGAAACAAAAACAAAACAAUCAGACAGAUGGUGAAAGUUUGGAGGAUAUGGUAAGGCGUCUUCAGGAAACGCCAUAUCCGGAGGAACAAAGCGUUGUGAAUGAAAGCAUCGAAAAAGAAGAAAACGAUGUGAGCGACAACAAAGAAGUUGGAACUGAAAAACAAAAUCCCAACCAAUGUGGAACAACGGAUUAAAAUUUAGAAUUAAGUAAAUAAUCGUAUAUUUCGAUCUUUAUGAACUAUUACUCCAUAUAAUUUGUACUUGAUAAUUGUAAUGAAAGACUUCCUCUUCGUGUUCAUAUA